AUGCGAACCACAGUAGAUGAGAAUAAAAAAUUUUCUGGCUUUAUAGCUGAUAAACUGAACAAGUCUUCAUCAAAGAUCUGUGUUUGCCUUCCACAAAAGGGUGUUUCUGCAUUAGAUGCAUCAGGGCAGCCCUUCUAUGAUCCUGAGGCUACUGGUACUCUCUUAAAUGAACUGAAGAGACUUGUUCAGAUAAAUGAAGACCGACAGGUAAAGAUGUAUCCUUACCAUAUCAAUGACCCUGAGUUUGCGGAUGCAUUGGUUGACUCAUUUUUGGAGAUCUGUUUGAAGAAUCCUACAGAUUGUAGUCUUCCUCAGGUUGCUUCGUCUGAGUCCAGUCAGGACCUUCAAAAGGGUCAUGACUACAAUGUGAACUCAUCGAACUCUGGGACCCUUACCUAUAGCCCAAGCAACUUCCCUGAUGCAAGACCAGUUUGGGUUAUUCACGAGGGAGCCUUGUCUUUCGUAGAAAAAACUUUACAAAGAACUCAAGGAAUAUUGCAGCAACUCGGAGAUCAAAUAUCUAAAGGACUGCCCAUAGUUGGAGCUGGUGCAGGGACUGGAAUAUCAGCAAAAUUUGAGGAGGCUGGUGGUGUUGAUUUGCUAGUUUUGUACAAUUCAGGACGUUUUUGUAUGGCAGGAAGCGGUUCUUUGGCAUGCUUAUUACCCUUUGCUGAUGCAAAUGCUAUAGUCUAG